UUGUGCUGAGGGAGGACGGGCCACGGUGGCCGGCCGAGCCUCCGGAAGGUCACCGAGCGCAGCUUUAACACCUGAGCUCGGAGGCCCCGCUGUGCUCGCCGACCCCCGUACCUUGCGACCGGGCCCUUGGCACCCACAGCAUCCUCGUGAGGCCGCCGGGCCUGUCCAGCCCGACUUCGCACCGAGAGCCAACUUGUCACUAAGAGUUCGUUUUUUCCCUGGCGGGGAGGUCUUGCUGGCACAUAGAGGGGAGAAAGGCCGGGCUCUGCAUUCAUGUGGAGAAAGAGACGGCUUCCUUCAGUCUCCGGACAUGAAGGAGUCAACUCUGCCCUUCCACUCAUUGCCGGAUCUCGCCGAGAACGGACUCCCGGAGUCCCUGUCUUGCCGCCCGAUCCCCGCUCCCCCUCGGAGUGCCCCGCUGACCAGGCUGCUUCUGGCUUUGGCGGCGUUCUGCUGCAGAGGACGGGAGUGCGAAUCUGGGAAGCAGGGGUCUGGUUGGAACUCCAGCUUCGUCUGCAACAUACUGUGUGACUUGGGCAAAUUUUGUCCCCCGCCCCGUACCUGCUAGCUUUAAAACGGUCAUCAGUGUGGGGGGUGCUGGGUAUUGCCUUUCCCUGGGGUGGCUUCUUCACUGAGGAGAGUCACGCCUCAGAGGAAUUGAGGUCCUUCCUGUGUUUGACCUGGUGGAGGGCACUAACAGCCCCUAAUAAUACCCCUGACCCCAUCCUUGUUGGGUGCACAAGACACAGGUCACCCUGGGCGGGCAAGGAGUGUUGGUAGCAGGAGAGGAGUCAGUGGAUGGAUGGCCGAGGACAGUGCAGAAGGGUGUGGAUGGGCCGUCUCUUUUGCUUGGAAACGCAAGUUCUGAGGCACCUAGUCACUCUACCACUAAAUGGGUGCAGGAGGCAGCGCUUGUCUGCCCAGCUGGAAAGACAAGGUAUGUGCUGAGUGUUACAGGAGGAAGGCCACUGGAGGUCGCUCCAGGAGCUGCGGGGAUUUGCCUCUGCCUAGCAGGGCUGCUCAAGGUGAUGGUCGACACCCCACUUUCCUGAGAGCUUGACCCUCAGAUGCCAGGGCCUUGACUGCAGAUUCCUUGGGAGCUCCCGGCGAUCUUCCAGCAAAUAGGAGCAAACCUUUUCCUUGUGGAUCAGGAAGGUGCCGGCUCUUUGUGGAGUACCAACUGCUCACCCUGCACAGCAAGCAGCUUAUAAGUGGCCCUCCUGCCUGAUCUUGGCCCUGGGUUUAAGCCCUGUGUGGCUGCUUACUACUAAAAUCGCUUAGUAGCUCCAAGCUUGCCUGCAGAGGGUUGGCACGACUAGAUGAGGUAAUGAGUCAAAAGUCCCUACCCUGAGACCUAGCCUGUCAGGGGCUCUGAAAACCCAGACUUAGGUCGGUCCUGCCUGGCACCUUGAGAGGUGACAAUGUGCUGGCACUGGUCACAACCUGUUUCACACAUGUGUGCUCUGGUCUGAGGUUGGUCCUCUCCCCCACCCCACCCACCUGCAGUUGAGCAGCUGAACAGCGGCAAUGCCGGGGCACUCCCAGGCCUGAGACGACCACGCUUGUGCCACUGAGGACCUUCGUUCACCUGGCCCACUUGGCUGUCCAGUCACACUCCAGUGUCAACCACUGGCACCCAGCAGCCAAGAGAGGUGUGGCGUGGCCCUGGGGACCCAUGGCUGAUGCAGGGACAGGUGAGCCGUCCCCCAGCGUGGAGGGCGAGCACGGGACGGAGUAUGACACGCUGCCUUCCGACACAGUCUCCCUCAGUGACUCGGACUCUGACCUCAGCUUGCCCGGUGGUGCUGAAGUGGAAGCACUGUCCCCGAUGGGGCUGCCUGGGGAGGAGGAUUCAGGUCCUGAUGAACCACCCUCACCCCCGUCAGGCCUCCUCCCGGCCACGGUGCAGCCAUUCCAUCUGCGAGGCAUGAGCUCCACCUUCUCCCAGCGCAGCCGUGACAUCUUUGACUGCCUGGAGGGAGCGGCCAGGAGGGCUCCAUCCUCUGUGGCCCACACCAGCAUGAGUGACAAUGGAGGCUUCAAGCAGCCCCUAGCGCCCUCAGGCCGGUCUCCAGUGGAAGGCCUGGGCAGGGCCCAUCGGAGCCCUGCCUCCCCAAGGGUGCCUCGGGUCCCUGACUACGUGGCACACCCCGAGCGCUGGACCAAGUACAGCCUGGAAGAUGUGACCGAGGUCAGCGAGCAGAGCAAUCAGGCUGCCGCCCUGGCCUUCCUGGGCUCCCAGAGCCUGGCUGCCCCCACUGACUGCGUGUCCUCCUUCAACCAGGACCCCUCCAGCUGUGGGGAGGGGAGGGUCGUCUUCACCAAACCAGUCCGAGGGGUUGAGGCCAGACACGAGAGGAAGAGGGUCCUGGGGAAGGUGGGAGAGCCGGGCAGGGGCGGCCUUGGGAACCCUGCCACAGACAGGGGCGAGGGCCCCGUGGAGCUGGCCCAUCUGGCCGGGCCCGGAAGCCCAGAGGCCGAGGAGUGGAGCAGCCCCCAUGGGGGCCUGCAGGAGGUGGAGGCACUGUCAGGGCCUGUCCGCAGUGGGUCUGUGCCAGGUCUCCCGCCGGUGGAGACUGUUGGCUUCCAUGGCAGCAGGAAGAGGAGUCGAGACCACUUCCGGAAUAAGGGCAACAGCCCUGAGGACCCAGGUGCUGAGGUCUGAGAGGGAGAUGGCCCAGCCUGACCACACUGACCACUGCCAUCCUGCUGCCUUCCCAGUGGGGCUAGUCAAGGGGCAGCCUGGCCACUGCCCAGCUGGAAUGGAAGCCUGCAGGCUGCCUGUAGGUGGCGCUGGCGGCCCUGGCUGCAGCUCUGGGCGGCGUCCUCCGGAGCAGAGACCUGCUGAGGCCACUGGGGUGUGAGGUGUGGGCUGGAAGCACUGGCUUCCUGGUGGGGACAAUAAAGGUUUUGGGUCUUUCUCAGA